UUAAAUAUGGUGGCGAAAAGAAAGCAAUAAAAAGUUAAAAAGGCAUAACUUUUGAAAAACUUUUUCCGUUUUUUCUUUUCUUCUCCUCUGUUAUCUUUUUUAUCUCCAUAUUUUUUUUGACCUAUCUUGACAGACGCUAAAAAUUACUAACUUACCAUAUUUUUUACGAGUGCAUAAGUGGACAGAGCCCUUUGAUCCGAAGUCUUAAAGAAGGUAUGGACGUACUCCACAGGAAUCAAUAACGCGUAGUGCAACUUUGGCGAUUAAUAUUGAAUCUUCAUUAUUUGCAAAAUUGUCAAAACUAUCUUUCUUUGGAGAGGAAUAAUUAAUGAAAAUUUUCGGAAAUAUUUGAAUGCGUUAUUCCCUACUAAACCAAGAAAAGUUCAUAAUGACUCCCUCGUUUGUUACAGUGCCUAAUAAUUUGAAUGAAAGUGUUUCCCUAUCAAGCUAAAUUUAAGGAUAAUUGAAAAAUUGGAAGUUGCUCUUAUUGUACACUUGUAUGCCUCAAGUGCCAUAGUUCUAGAAGAAACCAACCCUCGAUAAUUAUAACAAAAGUCAACCAUCAAAAAUACCAAAAAGCUCAGGUGAGCCGAAAAGGAAGAAGCAGUGAAAUAAUUGUGAAGUUAAGUUGAAAUAAAAUAAGAAUAAGUUAAAAUGCGACCCAAGUCCCCGGAAGUUUCAAAAAAGGGCGAAAAAUCCCUGUGGGAUGCUGCAAAAAUAUUCCAAAAUGUUUCGCCAUUGACUUCCCCCAGUAGUUCGAGAGCAAGCAACUCGAAGAAGAGGGAGAAAUGCAUUCGAAGACACCCCAUUAGAUUUAUGGACAUAAAUGUCAUUGGGAACUGGACGCUGAAGAAUAUCGCAAUGGCUGGGAAGUUGCUGAGGAAGCCUCCAAUCCCGGUUCAAUUCUACGACGAAGAUGAAAUGAGGAAGGUCUAUUCUCUGAUUUAUGAUGUAUUUCGAUAUAAAAACGUGCUAAGUGAAGCUCUGACAGAUAUCGGAUUUUUCGCUCUCUAUCCACAGCUCAAAAAUGAUCAGAGCAGAGUUUGGCUUCUGUUGUUUGAAUUAUACGUCCGUCAUUUUUUAAAACGACAUCCUGACGAAACAGACUUGCAAGAUCUAAUUUAUCGUGAAGCUGAUCUUGAAGAUAUAGCUAACCACCUAUGGGAACAUAGAGUCAGAUUGGCUGCUGCCAUAUCUCGAUUACGUAUCAAAAAUGGUGCUCUUCAACUCUCGCAACUUCUGCCAGCUCACUUGAAGGAUGAAAAGGUAUCGCUAGCUGUAACGAAUCCUGUUGUCUCAGGAUGGAUUAAUCCAUUUAAAAUGAAAGACAUAUCCAUGGCUGCUGCUAUGCUAGAAAAAUUAGGCCUCACGGAGGCUUUAGCGGAUGAAGAUGGUGUUGAACAGCCGCUUCAACAAUGCCAGUAUAAGUGGGAUAAGCUGUGUCCCUUAUUUAUAUCGUGUAUCCCCCGCGAUCGAAGUAAAUUUUCACAGUCAGAGAUGGUGAAGAAGAACUUUUUCAUCUUGCAGGACAAGGCAUUCUCAGUAGCUCCUGCAAUAUUAUCGCGACUACUCGAUUAUUUCGAACUUGAGGGGGAUGUCGUUCAAACACAUGUGUCUUCACCACGGUCAACAGCCUAUUUGGCGGCUCUCUUUUAUUCAGUGAAUCGAAUAAAUAACUUUUUGGCCUUUGGCGCAGGAAAUAAACUUAAUGAUUACAAGAACUUCAUGAAGUCUCUUGGAAUCAGUAACGUUCGUUUGUUCUCAGAAAGUUUUUGCAAAAUUCCAAUGGAAUCCGAAGUCUUAGACUUGGUUGUAGGGAUAUUCGCCACUCCCCCAAAUUCAUUCAGUGGAAUCGCCGAUCCCAUUGAUCUCAUUUGUAGUCGAGGAGGUGAUUUGAAUAUGUUGGAAGCCCUCACUGAAUCGAAAAUUAGCCUCGAUGGAAAGAAACGCAUCGUUCAAUUGCUAGAUGAACAAAAAGAGACUUUGCGAUUGGCUUUGUCACGCCCCCAUGUUCAAUUUGUUCUGUAUGAGACAUACUCGAUAGUGGGGUCGGAAAACCAGGACAUGGUCCAAAAAGCCGUCGAAGAUAUAAACCAAAGGACUUUUGAACGGCAUUUGCAUAUUCACAACGAGAAGAAAAAGUUAGAGGCGCUAGAUCAUUUCGAAAAGGCUAAUAAUCGGACAACUAGCUCGCCCCAGGCAUCGCCCAAACGACAACCAAUCUCAGCAGAGCGAAAGACACGGGAGAGCAUUCCAAAAACUAUGAAAAAUACUUUGAACCGAAAGCAGAAGUUCGCUUCUCGCCGAUCUCAAUUGAGUAGUUCAGGCAGUUCGAAUAUUUCAAGCACAUCGAAUCUAAAUUCACCAAGUUCAUCCAAACUAAGCGAAGCAGAUACUGUUAGCAUCCCCGAUAACGAGCAAUUCGUUGUUGGUGAGGUGCCAGAGUUCUGUUUGAAUGAGGAAAAGUGUGUCAAGUUUAACUCUCUCGGCUGUUAUGUAUCUCUGCUGCAUCGAAAGCAAAUAUCUAAAUUGGACGAAAAACGUUUAAUGAAAAUAGCAGAGAAUAAAAGAUUAACAGGACAUUCGGAUCGGAAAAGAUUUUUCAGAAUAAAAUCUUCAAAGUUGGAUGAAAAGGAAGAUGUAAAAGGUAAAGACGAUAACUCAAAAUCUUUACGGUCGAAGAAAGCUGUAGCAUCCUUGAUAGAAAGGCUAAAUCGCCCAACCCAUGCAAGUAUGAAUCGAUCGACUGCCCAGAAUACGCUCCCAGCCAAUAGAAGGCAACAUUCUUCGCAUGAUCUUAUGAGAGCAACCUGUACCAGGCACAACCACCACCAUACGGAUGAAUACAACUCCCAAGGUGGUUCAAGUGCUUAUAUGUCUGCCCUACGCUUGGACCCCCGUGCUAAACGAUGGUGGCAGGAGACAGCUCACUACAUCAACAAUCUACGAUUACUGGAAAGGAGGAAACGCAGAUACAAGCUACAGCACGGAAACGACACAUCCUUGCAGCCACUCCAACUUUCAUACAUCGACAAUCGAAACAGUAACAUUCAAAGAGAUAGCAGUCGUCUCAGGGGCGGCAUGAUCAGUAACACGAAACCAUGUCCUGUGACAGUUAAUCAUUUGGAGUUCAAAGGUUUGGAAGUACUUGAAAAUGGUCAUAUGAGCUUCUUCAACCAACCCACGAAAAAGAGUCCUUCCUUUCAAAUAGCACAUCGACCAAUUAUAAGUCGCAAGCCCCUGGGACGCUACCUGCUCAAGGACAGCCAACUAGUCUUGAGCUAUUGAUUAAGGCUUUUUUACAUACGCUACUUACUUUCAACUUAGAUUGCUUAAAUUCUUUAGAUUUAUCGAACCAAUUGAUCCAAAGUGUAAUUUUUGAAAGGUUCUAAAAUAUUUUGGUUAGAUCCUUAGCACAGACAGAUAUAAAUUGUAAAAAUGCCCUUUUUUGAAUUCGGAUGUAGGAUUUGGAAUGAUGAAGUGAAAAUUAUGCUAUAAUUUAAUAACACUUGCUCAAGAUUUGUUUAAAAUAUAAAUGCAAUAAAUUAUAACUAAUCAAUA